AUGGCGUCUCUCAAGGUCCUGGCAAUCCAAAAGAAUAAGAUUCAGCAGCUGCCAUUAUGCAUCUCCGAGAUGACUGCACUCCUCGCCCUCAAGAUCGACGGCAACCCGUUGACUCUGAUGCUGAGUCGUAUUGUCGAAACACAGUACCCUGAAGAUGCUUCCAACAGUGCACGGGUCAACGGAAGCACUGAUAUGGCUGUCACGGCUCAGAUAAAGCAAUUUUUGAAACAGGAGGCUACAUCUACUGCCAGCCGGUCUGAGCCGCCGAUUCCGCAGGGUUCGAAUCAACAGUUCGAAACGCGCCAGCACUCUUCAAAGCCAAGCCGUGCCAGGCGUUUCCCCGUUAAAGUUGAUGGAGCCAAUCUUCCGACCUCACGUUCAAUAGUCUCGCCCAAACCGCACUCAAAGGCUUCGCCACUACAGAACAAAGCGGUCUCGAGCCCUAGGACAACUUACCAGAAACAAGAUAAGGGAAGCCCUUCACCAAACAACUCUGACGGCCUUCAGACACCUGAUCCUCGGAAUAUUCGUAUCCGCAAGGAUUUUUCAGUAACCCACGCGAAUAAGAGGUUCGGGUUGCAACAGAUCCCCCAGUUACCGCCAACGGACAGACUGAGUCAGCAUCGUCGCGGACUAAGUCUCAAUACCGCGAUGUAUCCACGAGCCCAAUCACAAGAGCCGAAAGGCCACCCAUUCUCAUCGACAGGUGAACUUCUCAACAUCGUUCCAAUUUCUCGCUCCGGCCCACGCGAUCCCACGUUGGAGAUGGCACGAACAGUCUUUUUCUCCAUCCAUCGGAUACACUGGCUCAUCGAAGCUCUAUCAGAUCUCACAAGUGAUGGAGACUCUAGACGAUCAAGUCUUCAGAUGGUAGCAUAUAACGCAAGCCUCCAUCUUGGCGAGCUUGGAGAGCAGAUUCAGACAUACGCCACCCAGGCUGAUGAGAUGUCGAAGAUGAAACAAAACAUCAACCAGAUCAGGCGCGCUUGCAGUGUUCUAACAAAGGCGUAUGUUCCGAUCUGUUCACAGGUCUGUCGAAAUAUUGAAGUUCUCGUUGAACGUGCAGAGGGGCGCUUUAUUAGCGACUUGAUCUGCAGCCUAUAUGCUAGUAUCAUGGGACUACGAGCCGAAUUUCUUUGUUUCCAGAAUCAAGCCACUCUCCAGCAGACUACCGAACUUGGCUCCGUAAAAGGACAAACACGAAAAAAUCCAAAUGGUAAAUCAAGUCUAUCUAUUCCAACAACUGUUCCAGGGCAUGCUAAACGCCCAUCAGACGGCGACGCAGCUCCUCAAGAGUAUCCGUGGACACCUCCACCACCAGCACGUAUAUUGGCGUUGAAUGAGGAACCUGAGGUUCUUCAUCAAUUAUACAAAGCUCUUUGCCGACUAUGCAAACUCAUUCCAGAGACUCUACCAUCUACCGGCCGCAGGUUUCAAGCCCAGAUCCUGAACAUAAAGACACAACACUCUGCACAAGAUGCCUGCUCCAGAGUCAUCAGGCUAUCGGAAGCUGUUAAGCAAAGCCUCGAAUCGGUCCAUAUGAACUUGAGCGCCCCGCUUCGCAACCUCUAUUAUCAACUUGUUGACGCCUGGGCUACCUUUGGUGGUAUUGUCAAAUCGCUUAACAGCCAACUGAGUCUUGUCCCAGAUUCAAGAAAGGGACUCCAACGAAUCCAGCAACUUGUUAAAGAAGUGAUGCACUGCUUGGGAAUUUUGCCGAUGAAGACGAAUGCCAACGCAAUAUUUAAUGAUAGUCUUCCGUUGACACCACAGCAGGCCUCGCUGGAACCGGCAGUCCAAGCGACAAUCUCACAAUCGCCAUAA